UUUACGCUGUGUGCUUUGUGAGCUGUUGAGAAAAUGGAAGGAAUUUAUUUCUUUCUCACUCUCUGUUCCUUUCUGAAUUUAGCAUCGUCACAUCAAGCAGUGAAACACCUUUUUAUGUCUGAUUUGGCACCGUAUGAUUCUCCUCAUGGGCCCGAGCAAAUUCACAUUUCCUUCGGAAAUAUUCCGAGUGAAAUGACAAUAAUGUGGUCGACCUCGAAUUCAUCGGAGUUUGCCAGUUCGGUCGUCCUCUAUGGCUUAGCGCCGAAGAAUUAUUCUCUUGAAGGCAGGGGAAAAUUUGUUUUAUUUACUGAAGGAAAUCCGGAUGGACUGAAAUACAUUCAUCGCGUUGUUCUUCAGGGUUUAAUUCCUGGGAUGAAAUACUCAUACCGUGUACAAAGUGGUAGUAACAUUAGUGAUGG